AUGAAUAAUGAAUUGACACCGUCACAAUGUACGGUUUUAGAAUAUCCUUAUUUUCCUGCUAAUACAGUUAAGGUUAUUGCUGGUCCAGGUUCUGGUAAGACAUUUACGCUAUUACAGAAAGUUCAUCACCUAAUUAAAGAACAACAGAUCAGACAGGACGAAAUUUUGAUACUGUCACUGACUAACAAAGCUGUCGAUAACAUUAAAGCCAAAUUAUUAGGAAUAUUUGAAAUACAAAAUAGCUCUGGAAUCCCUCAAAAUGAUCUUCAAGCAAUCGUCGACCAAAUUGAUAUCUUUACAAUUCAUGGAUUAGCUAAUAAAUUAGUCGUUGAACAUGAAGGGAUUAUUAAUAUUAUUGAAGAAAAUGGUUGGAGGGGACUAUUGAAGUUAGUUUCUUCUGAUUUUUGGAGUCGUCGUAAAAUUUCAACUCCAACAACCAAAAACUUAGAAAUGUUGUUGAAGGCAUACAAAAAUAAUAAUAACACCGAGGAACAAUCAAGUAGUACUCUAUUGAAUAUUAUAGAUAUUAUGGAAAGUUGUAAAGUUUUGACCAACGAUGACUUAAUUUUAAAGGCCUCCGGGUAUCUUGCAUUAUCUGGGGUUGUAAAUGAACAAAGUGAAUUUUUAGAUAAAAUUAAAAACAAGUAUAAAGUGGUAUUAAUUGAUGAAUUUCAGGAUCUUUACCCAAUGUUACUCCCAUUGAUAAAAGAUGUCUCCUUUGGGAAACAAUUGAUAAUGUUUGGUGAUACCAAUCAAAGUAUAUACAAUUUCUUAGGGUCCAAUCAAGAAGUAAUGAGGCAACUAGAUAAUUUGCAUAAUUUUGAUGUAUCUAAGACUUUACAUUUAUAUGAUAAUUUUAGAUCCACACCUGAGAUAAUAGCUACUUCGAAGCUCAUUUCACCCAGAAAUUUAAAUAAAGAAAAGCGACAGGACUUAGUGAUUAAGCCACCUAGCUUUGUAAAGCCUCAAAUAUAUCAGUUCAAUGAUGAUAUGGAUCAGAUGGAAUUUAUUGUCAGCGAGAUAUCCAAAUUAGUAACUUCGAAUGUAAAAUUAUCUGAUAUCGCAAUCCUAUCAAGAACUAAUAAUCAUUUGAAUGUAAUUGCUGAAUAUUUUCAACACUAUAAAAUUCCAUAUGAUAAAAUGCUAACCCAACCAGAUUGGUUAAUGGAUACUCGUAUACAAUUUUUAAUUGAUCUUAUUAAAGUCGUUGUCUUUGCACGUCAGAGUUCUCAAUCUCUUGAAGAUCAAAAUACGAUAUUACAUAGACAGAGUGACUUUAGUGUUCUAAUAACUUUGAGUGCAUUGAAAGGCAUUGGUUCAAAGUCUAUCCAAAGUUUAUAUACGGCUACUAUGAAGGCCAAAUUAUCUCUAUGGGAUUAUAUUUUGGCUAUACCUCAAUCUCAAUGGCCAAGUGGAAUUUCUAAUAAAAAUAAGAUCAUAGAUUACACUAAUCAGUUAACUAAAUUGAUCAAUGAUGAUACUUUAUGGAAUACACAAUCACCAUUAGAUAUUUUGGAAAUUAUAAGUUCUACAGCCAUGGAUCUCGAUUACGCACCAUUGAAAAAUAUGUCAAUAACUGAUAGUAAAGUGUUUAAAAGUCAUUUGGAAGAUAUGUUGCAAAUAAUGAAGCUUUGUUCAUUGAAUAAGCCAAGUGAUUUAACAUUGGUGGAGUGGUUCAUUGAAUCCUUCUUUGAGAAAUGUACAAAUCUAUAUCAAAAAGAGAUACAAUUAGAGUCUCAUGGUUCGGGGAAGAUCAAUUUAUCAACAAUUCAUUCUUCUAAAGGUUUAGAAUAUCCAGUUGUAAUGUUAUUGAACUCUGCUAGUGAUACAUUCAGCAUGGAACGCAAUGCGUUAUAUGUGGGGGUAACAAGGGCAAGAAACUUACUCUAUAUGAUCAAUAUCAACCACAAACAAUUUGACACACAAUGGAAGGAUGCUACCUUAUUUAAGAACCAGGAAUUUUGGAAAUAUUAUAAUAAUGAUCUCAACCGGCCAACUACGAAUGUUCCUGGCGUAUUAGCCCAAAAUUCAUCAAAAUACCUCCAUUUGAAUAACAAAUAUGGAUUGAGAAAUUAUAGUACAUCUUCCAGUUAUAUUAAUAAAUCCCUAUAUAAAGUAUUAAGAUGUUCUUUAUAUAAAAAAUAA